AUGGUGAAGUACGACAGUGAGGGGCUCUUCUCCUCCGACUGGACCGACGCUGUGCUGGGAAUCCGGGGGGAAAGCUUGUCGGUCGAGAAGAAGGGAUGCGCCCUGGAAGGCAACUGCAUCUGCUCUAGCAAUAAACACUGCGCGCCAAAGAAGGGGUACUUCUGCCGCCGUGGGCUUGUUUACAAAGAAGCUAGGGUUUGCCGGAAGUCCGGGAAGCACAACGCCACCAUUAUGCACGCGGAGCUAUGA